AUGUCUCUCAAUACAUAUGAUACAUUGUUGCAAAUACACAAGGGGUAUUUCGAUAAGCUGAGGCCAGAUGCGGGCGAUAGCCAACAACAGCGGAACUCUUCUUCGUUUUCCUCUCAAUUUGAACUUUUGGAAACAAUCAGAUAUGAUCCACAACUUUCCACAACAGAGCCGAAAGGAUUUAAAGAGAUAGCUAAACAAAAUUUUCUAUUUUUGUCAGAACAUGCUAAUCGAUUAAAAUUCACCAUGAGGUUUUUCCAUCGCAACAUCAUGCAAAGUGGAACUCAAUUGGACUUUGAAAUCACCGAUGACUAUCUAUUCCGGGAAAUAGUUGAAAACAUGGAGAGAUUGAAUAAAGAAGUUGAUGUACCUUACAAGAUUCGCGCAUUAUUUCAAUUGGAUGGCACGGCAAAGUUUGAGUUUCAUAAUACAGCUAAAUUGUCGAGCUUGCAAAGCCUAUUACACAUAAAAUAUGAGGCGAUAUCUGAGGAUAUCCACGAAGCCGCAUCUGGAAACGAGCUCCUUAUGAGCUCAAACGAACAAUUUGACUAUGCAAUUGAUAAUGUGUGGGACGUCUAUGUAAAUAAUUCACCGACACAUAUCUCGCCAUUUACAUCUUUUAAAACCACGAAAAGAGAUGAGUAUACAAAAGCUAGGGCGAAUUUGCCAGGCAAAAACCCAGGUCACGAAGAAGUUCUAUUGUAUAAUCAACAGAGUCAACUUAUGGAAGGAUCAAUCACGAAUGUAGCAGUUAAAAGACCGAGUGAUGGAAAAUGGAUAACGCCAUUGCUAAGUUCCGGUUGCUUGUGCGGGGUAACAAGAGAAUAUUUAUUGGGAACAAACUAUAUUGUGGAACAGACUAUUACUAUGGACCAGGUCAAACCUGGAACUGAAGUCUUGUUGUUUAAUGGAAUCAUGGGAGUUGUCAAAGGUAAGAUUGUCAGGUGA